AUGAAGUUCCUCAAGGUCGGCCGCGUGGCCAUCAUCACUCGAGGCCGAUAUGCCGGAAAGAAGGUUGUCAUCAUCCAGCCAAUGGACUCCGGCACGAAACAACAUCCAUUCUCCUACGCCUUGGUCGCAGGCAUUGAACGUUACCCUUCGAAAGUCACUCGCCGCAUGGGUAAGAAGCGAAUGGAGAAACGAUCAAAGGUCAAGCCAUUCAUCAAAAUGAUCAACUACAACCACAUCAUGCCCACCCGGUACACACUGGAGCUGGAAGGACUGAAGAGUGUCAUUUCGAACGAUACAUUCAAGGAGGUUUCGCAAAGAGAAGAUGCAAAGAAAAACGUCAAAAAGGCCUUGGAGGAGAGAUACUUGAGCGGCAAGAACAGAUGGUUCUUCACGCCUUUGAGAUUCUGA